UUUGUUUAUAUAUCUCUCGAUUUUGAGGGAACCUCUCCAUAAGCUCAACACAAGAGCCUCUCGUUUCUUCCUACUGAAAAUCUAAGCGUGUUUUAGUAUUAGUUAUAAAGAAAAAAAGAUCGUCUCUGCCAAAUUCCAAUGCCCAUGUCUUUUGUUUCUGUUGCCACAUUGCCUUAGAACAAACACUUUCCAAGUUGUUUACUUCCCUGUACAUUUCUCUUCAGUUAGUGGGUUUUGUUUUUGGAUUCAAUUGGGUGUCUUUUUUGGGCUCAUGGGUCCUGUAAGAGGGUUAAAGAAACGAAGGAAGGUAGAGAAGAAACCUGAAGAAAAUGCUUCUGGUUCUUCAGAGAAGGAACGGUCUGUUGAUUGGUGGGAUGACCUUUCCAAGAGGAUGAAUGGUCUUCAAUCCCCAUCUAAAGGUCUCAAUAAGUUCAAAUCUGUUUUCAAAAUUUCCAAAAGAACCUUCAACUAUAUAUGUUCACUUGUGAAGGAAGAUAUGAUGGCUAACCGAGGAAGUUUUACAUUUUCCAAUGGUAAACCUGUGUCUUUUGAAGAUCAAGUAGCUGUAGCUUUGAGAAGAUUAAGCUCUGGUGAAUCACUAGUGACAGUUGGUGAUUCAUUUGGGCUGCACCACUCAACUGUCUCACAAUUGACCUGGCGCUUUGUGGAGGCAAUGGAAGAAAGGGGUCUUCACCACCUGCAAUGGCCUUCCACUGAAGCAGAAAUGAUGGAAAUAAAGUCUAAAUUUGAAAAGAUUCAAGGUCUUCCUAAUUGCUGUGGUGUGAUUGACACUACUCACAUUAUGAUGUCUUUGCCUUCAUCAGACCCUGCAAGUAAAGUGUGGCUUGAUCAUGAGAAGAAUCACAGCAUGGUCUUGCAGGCAAUUGUGGACCCUGAAAUGAGGUUCAGGGACGUAGUCACUGGGUGGUCAGGUAAAAUUGAAGACUGGUUGGUGUUUCAGAGUUCAAAUUUCUAUAAACUGUGUGAUAAAGGUGAGAGAUUGAAUGGAAAAAAAUUUGAGCUCUCUGAAGGAUCAGAAAUAAGGGAAUACAUAAUUGGGGAUUUAGGCUAUCCUUUAUUGCCCUAUCUUGUUAUACCUUAUGGGGGGAAAGAACUACCAGAAUUAAGAGUUGAGUUCAAUAAAAGGCAUUCUGCAACUCGGCUUGUGGCACACAGGGCAUUGGCAAUGCUCAAGGAAAUGUGGAAAAUCAUCCAAGGGGAGAUGUGGAGGCCUGAUAAACAUAAGUUGCCAAGGAUCAUCCUGGUUUGCUGCUUGCUUCAUAACAUUGUUAUUGACUUGGAAGAUGAUGCGCAGGAUGAAAUGCCUUUGUCUUAUGACCAUGAUUCCGGUUACCACCAACGGAUUUGUGGAGAUGUUGACAACAAAGGUGUACAACUGAGAGAUAAACUUUCUCUCUACUUGUCAGGGAAAUUGCCACCUUAAUUGUUUUACAUUUCUGAUUCCUGAUUGGUAGUUUCUUCACAUACGAUAAGUUUAAAUAGGAUCUUUCGUAGACAAUCAUUUCAUUCAAGCUGAUUUUCUUUUGUUUGAUUCAAAACUGUAAAAGUUUACAUAAGCAUUGCAUUUUUUAUAGGACGCUCCUCAAAUUAUAAAGUGAUGGUUGUCCUGUUUCUCCUCCAGUGUUCCAGAAUCUGUAAAUCACUCUUAUCAGAUGGUGGUGGGUAACCGCCCUCUUCUUAUGUCGUAAUGUAAAGUGUAAAACUCAGAAAGCUGUCAAUUGGGCCUAGUCCCUAAUUAAGUUGAGUGCUGCCAUGCCAGCAGGAACAAGGCUCUUCCAGGACAAUAGCAAAUCAACCACAACUCGGGUGAAGGUGAUGGCCUUAACUCACUCACAUGACAGAAGAAACCAAGUUUUCCAUAGCAGAUUUCUUGAUUUAUUUACCAUUGCCAUUCAGCUAUUAUUUAUUCUUUUUUGUUGCUUUUCCUUAAAGGCCUUAAACCAAUCAAUCUUCCAUAAAUUAUUUAAUCCAAUUUUAGUUACUGUCUGGUACCCUCAGGACAAGAACUAUGAACACCAGAAAAGCAGAAAAACAAUUUCACCAUUUACGCUUAAAAUGAAUACUGUAAAUAAGUGUCCGGUUUGACUUAUUGAAUCGAGCUUCUAACUUAGCAACAUUAGCAUGAUCUUAAAAAAGGGCCUUAACAGGCACAGUCUUAACAAAAAGACAAAUAAAAAGUUUUCCGAUCUCCGGAUUUGAACCAGCGACCUAAGGAUGAUCCGAUGGCUUUAAUCCCACUACAGUCCUCCGCUCUACUAACUCAGCUAAGGUCGGUAUUGCAGGUGUCGAUGCAGGAAACUAUCUGAAUUAUUGAAAAUCAUUUAAGAGUACCUUGUCAGUGACUCCAGCGUAUCUAACACUUGCUACGGGGCUUUACCAACAAUCCAAACCGCAGGAAGCAGCUUUAAUGGUGUAUCACUGCCGAAUACAUGGGGAACAAUUUGCAUCUGCAAAUUAGAAUACCAGCACAGUUGCUGAGAUAAAAAAAAAAAAAAAAAGGAAGACAACAACUAAUCCUCAUGGCAAAAAAA